AUGGACCAUAGGAAUGGGAAACCGUCCGAGCUAACGAACGAAGCUGCGGCGAACGAGGCCGUCCUCGCGCAACAAGCGGUGCUAGAGAUUGUGGCAUUUCCGCCGGAUAGCGGGGAACAGGAAGAGGAGCAAGAUAGCGGGAGCCUAGAGCGAAAUCACAGCGGUCAGCUCAUCAGGCGGAUAGAACGAGAGCGCCUGGAAGAGGAGCGCGAGGUUUACAACAUCCACAUCGCUGCGGCCGCUUCCGCUGCCGCCGAUGCAGCCGUGAUGAUGGGGGCGCAGAACACGAGAAUGCGGCGUUUGGAAGGGGUCGGACGAGGUUUGGUGGAGCGUUAUGGACUGCGUCAACGGACGGAGAGGAGCGAACGCGACGUCCCACCGCCGGCGGCAUCAGCAGCAGCAUUGGCCAGUGAGGUACAGGACUUUGAGGCUUCCUCGAAAGACAAACAAGAUGCCGAGGAGGUAUACCUGUGUUUGUGUUGUUUGAAGAUUGGCUUCGAAUAGAAUAGUUCGUUUUUUUUUGCUGCCGAAAGGGGUUCGUUCCUGAAGUCACACCCUACCCCCUUAGCACAUGGCAUUGUUUCCUACCGGAAAGUUUUAUCCGGGUUAUUUUCAGCGAGAUAUGUCUGUAUAUUUUUGCCGAAUGAAUGAAUUGAAUGUGAUAUAUCGGUGCUACACUGCUAAGCUAUAUUGUGCGUUGAACACUGGCGAAUAAUUUUCACGGGCGUGGGGGGGGG